AUGUUUUUUUUGACAAUUUUUAUCGUUUUUAUCAAUUGCAACAAUAUUCAAGAUUUUGUAACAAAAGAAAAAAAUCAUUCUUUUGUUUUUCAAGCUAAAAAAGGAAAAAGUAUUGCUAAGGAUAAAGAUGGAAUCGUAAAACGCAGUUUAAAAGAUGAUGAGUUUCUUUCAGAGUACAGCAAUUGUCCAUUUAGGUAUGUUUUGACAGUUGAUCAAAAGCCAAACACCAAUGUUGAUUUAAAUGAAAUUAAUCAAGUUUCUAAAUUAUUUUUUUAUACAUUUGAAGCGAGUGUUGGCGUUCAACAAAGUUUUAGUAGGCUGUUUCCUAAAAAAAUUUAUUUCCAAGGAAAUCUACCUCUUUUUCAAGAAUAUGUUCGUAACUUUGUAUCUAAUGACUUUAAUAACGAGUAUAAAGAUAUAAGAAAAAGAUUUGUGAAACUCUUGGCUUUAAAAAGUUAUCCUUUAAUCUACAAAAUUAGGAAAAGUUCUUUUUUAGAUAUAAAGGAUGAAAAAACUCGAGAAUUCUAUUUUGAACUGUUUAAAGCCAUUGAUAUUAAGACUAAUCCUAAUUGUAUCUGGGAAAUAACUCAAUUAUUUGAUUUAAACAAGAUUAAUCGUGUCAUGGAAAAAGUUGUUGAUGAUAUUAGGAUGUUGGAAGAGUUGAAAAAGAAAGAGCGUUUAUUUUAUCAAGUAGUUGAAAAUGAUUUCGCGAAUGAUGAUUUUAAUAAAUCUUCCGAUUUGAUUGAGGUAAAUUAUGUACCAAUUCGUAGUUUACCAAGCUUUGAUAGUGGUUCUUUAUUAAAUUAA